AUGGAUGAUCGUCGUCCUGAGGAAUGUUCUUGCUCGGCAGGGCGGUGGGCGGGUGCCAUCGACGGCGGGGGGAUCGGCGCCGCCGGCGUUGGGAAGGUGGCCGUCGCGGUGGCGCUAGCACUAGUGGUCGCUCUGGCCCGCAGGGGAGAUCGGGGGGCACUCGAAGUUCAUGAGGAAGACACUUCCUCCCCUGGUUGGCCAACCGUUUGGCAGGUACUGGGUGCUUGGUGGGGAGCUUGGACCGCUUUUGUGCUGUUUUGGGUGCUGUUGGCGGCGGUAGGGGCCGCGUGCCUGUGGUGCGCGGUGCGCGUGGCGCGAUGGCGAGAAGAGAUCUUCGCCCAGAGUCCGGUCGUCCCCGAGGCCCUCUCUCGCGCAGCAGCAGUAGCAGCAGCAGCGGCAGGGGUACCUCUCGGCCCCGGCGGGCGUGCGGGGAGAGACAGCGGAGACGACUGCGGCAGGAUGGCCGAGGAGUUGCCACCGGCGGAGGCGUGCGUAGAUGACGAUCCCGUCGGUUGCCUGUUCAGGCCGGGCACGCGGGCGUCGCGGGACUUCUGCGCCCCCCGAUUGAUGCCCGACGCGAGCAGUAGCGUCAGAGGAGGGUGUCACAGCGUGAACGGGGGGUCUACGGCGACGGCGGCGGCCGAGGGUAGCGGGGCGGUGGUGUUCCUGACGGGCGUCACGGGGUUGGUGGGGCAGAUGGUUCUGUUCGACCUGCUCCGGCAAGGAGCGGCGGUAUCGAGCGGCGGUCCUUCGUGCGAUGACGACGAGGCCGGCGAAGCUCUCGGCGGCGGCAAAGCCGGGUUGGGAGGGGUGGCGUCGGAGGGGCUCCGCUCGGUGGUGGUCCUGGUAAGGGGCAAGAAGGGCGUGGCCCCCUCGGAUAGACUGGCCUCCAUAAGGGACAGCGCCAUGUUCCGACCCCUGCGGGAGAGCGGGGCUUGGGUGGACGAAGAGACCGACACUCCCUCCGCGGAGAGAGCGUCACCGUUGCCGUUCCCCCCGUCCCGUGAGGCCCUUGGUCUCCCGCCGAAGAAGCGGCGGGGAGCGGUGGUCAUCGCCGUAGAAGGCGAGCUGGGUGGAGAAGGGCUGGGGCUGUCGGCGGAGUCGCGGGCGCUGCUGACAGGAGCCGGCGUGACCCACGCGCUGCACUGCGCCGCGAGCGUGAGCUUCAGCGACCCCCUGGCGGAGGCGGCGGCGACGAACGUUACCGGUGCACUAAGGGUGGCCGCCCUAGUGGCAUCCUGGCCGUCAUGCGGGACUUUGAUACACGUCUCGACCGCUUUCGUCCACGGCGGAAAGUCGGGCACAGCUUCCUGCCCCCUGCCUCAAGAGCUCCCUGAUCUUGGCGGCAGAAGCCCCGAACGGUUGUACCGAAGCGCACAGCGGACCCCCUCGGCUCCAGACGCCGGCGGAGGUAGCGGCGGGGGCGGCGGGGCGGGAAAGGAAGCCGUCGACGCCAUGGCUGAUUUGGGGUACCCGAACACGUACACCUUUACGAAGGCUCUCGGCGAGCACCUCCUUGUGAGGGCGCUGAGCGCGCACAAUCGUAGGCUGGACAGGUUGGCCGCCGCUGCCGCCGCUUCCGAUGUCGAGGAGGGCGGUGAUGAUGAGGCCGGAGGGCGGCUGGCGGCGGGCGGGCGCGGUCUUACUAGUGGCGACUCUCGUGGCUCGCCGAAACCUUGCCGACUGCGGCUGAGGGUAGUGCGACCGAGCAUCGUUGGACCGGCCUGGGUCUUCCCGUGGCCUGGGUGGACGGGAGAGCAACCGUCGACGGUUACAGGUGAGCCGACGGAGGGGGGUGUGGCGGGAUUGUGUUUGUACGGGGGUGGCAUGUUUGGGGAAGAACGGCCAAGGCAGCUCCUCCGGCGGCAGUGCGAAACACCAAGAGACUCAUUCAAGGCCCUGGACUCCGUCCGCAAGCCGGAGACGCGCCGACCUCUCCAAUAG